UCAUUGGCUGACGUCAACAGUGGGCGGAUGCUACAUCACAGGCAGGCAGUGAGCUUCCAUUUCCGUGUGCAUUAUCGUAACUGUCAGUCAUGACAUCAGCUUGUGCUCUACAACUGAGCCAGCCCUUAAUGUUGACUUUAAGUCGUUUAGAAAUUUAAAUCUUUAAGCGAAGAGGAAUACGAUGAGGAGAUGUAAAAUGGACGAAGACUGACAAGUUUGAUACCUCUGACCGCUACUGUUAGCUAGGAGCUAGCUUGCUAACCGAGUGUACAAAUGUGAGUACAUUUAUUUGAACGCGUUCUUAACAAAAUAGCAUCGUUGUUUUUCUUAAAUUUUAAUUCCGUCAUUGUUGCUCGGCGCGUUUUUUUGGGCGUCUUGUUUUGUAUCUGGUUGUUCUUGACAGGCGUAAAAACCUCAACCCAAACUGCCACCCGGCGGUGUGCAGAGGACACUUGGGUCAAAGAACCGAAGCUGGGCCGCCGGGAGGAGCAUGGAUGGACUCCCCGCCUAGCGAGCACGGCGCCGGGAAACGUGAUUUCAGCAAAAGAAGGCAGGUGUACAGGGUAAAUCUGCAUCCUUCUCCUCUUGGCUGACAGGCUCGGAUUCCACAGCCCCCUGCCUGACCACGCCUACUCUGUCGCGAUUGGUCAGGGUUCACGGGUCGGCUCCAGCUCCAGCUCCCCACCACACUCAGUGCACUUUUCCAAUAACAACUGGUCACUGUUGUGUGAGUGACGGCACAAAAAGCUCGAACUAGAUUGGGGAGAGGUGGUGUGGUGGAAAUAUAAGCGCCUUGGCAAGAAAGCUGGUCUUAUAUGUUUGAGUUGCUCACCUUUGGUUGCUUCUGGGUUUGUUCCUGCUGCUGCUUUCUCCUUUCUGCCAUCCCUUUGAUCUAAGUAGCACAGAAAGACAACUUCUUAAGUGAUACCGACACACGCUGUAUUGUGUAGGCUUUCUCUGUGGUCUCAUUUCAUAUUAGUAACGUGAGCUUUAUUGUAUAAAAUGCAUACCUUUGAGUGUUGUUUUUCCCAUGGUGACCGAUGGUGACGCUUGAUACUCAACUUGACACUCCAGUCCUUUCUUUCACAAGCAAACAGAUAAAUAAUAAUCAUUUAAUACUUGAUUGUUCAACUCAAGCGUAGCAUCAUCAAUGAUAGACUGCCCUUUUCAAACUUUUUCUCAUAAUAUACUGACUUUUUAAAACACAAUUACAACUUUAUUUGAAUAAAAAUGGCAUCCUUUUAUAUAACAAUGAUGACUUAAUUGUCCAGCUCUUAUGCCAACUCUAUUUUUGCAAAUUAGACUUUUUAAACUUCUUUAAAACUUUUUCUUCUAUGAUAUGGUGCCCCAGGGUUCCAUCCUUGGGCCUACCUUAUUUCCACUAUACAUGCUACCAUUGGGUCCAAUCAUCUCUAGACACAAUAUCCAUUUUCAUUUUUAUGCCGAUGACGUACAGCUCUACCUACCAGUAACGCUCAGUGACAAGAAUCCACUAGAUCCCCUCCAUAGCUGCCUUCAUGACAUCAAACAAUGGCUGUCUCAGAAUUUCCUUCAUUUAAAUGAAGGAAAAACGGAGUACAUUGUUUUUACCCCCGAUUCACCGCACAGUGAAACCAAUUUUGACCCCCCCAGCCCCCCUUUUGCUCCUGCCGUUAAAAAUCUUGGUGUGUUUUUUGACAACAGUCUAAAGUUCGAUAAGCAAAUUAAUUCUGUUGUCAGAGCAAGUUUCUUCCACCUCAGGCUCCUGGCAAAGGUAAAGCCCUUUUUGUCAAGUACAGAUCUCGAAAAAGAGAUUCAUGCCUUCAUCAGCUCGAGGCUUGAUUAUUGUAAUGCCCUUUACACUGGAUUAAAUCAGUACCUCCUCUGCAGGCUCCAGUUGGUACAAAACACAGCUGCUUGCCUUCUUACUAAUACUCCAAAAUACUCCCAUAUCACUCCAGUUCCCCAUUCUCUCCAUUGGCUCCCGGUACAGUCUAGAAUACAUUGUAAAGUCCUUUUAUUUGCGUUCAAGGCCAUUCAUGGACUUGCUCCAGCAUACUUGGCUGAGCUUUUAACUGUCCGUCACCACUCCAGGGCCCUGCGCUCUUCGCAACACACAACAUUAGAAGUCCCAAGGAUGAAAUACAAAAAAUGGGGGGAUCAUGCUUUUGCUGCGUUUGCCCCCACACUUUGGAACUCCCUUCCACCUGCGCUACGAUCUACUACAAACUUGUCAGUUUUUAAAUCUCUUUUAAAAACUCAUUUAUUCAGACUGGCUUAUGACACAUGAUGAUUAUAUGUACUUUAGUUGUGAUUCUCUGCCUGUAUUUUUAUUUUAUUUUAUUGUUUUAGUUGUUUUUAUUCUAUCUUAUUCGAGCUUACCCUGUUCUCAUUUGCUAUUGCGUGUUUUUACUCUUGUGAAGCACCUUGGACACCGUUGGGAUGUUGUAAGGUGAUAUACAAAUAAACUUUGAUCUGAUUUGAUUUGAUUUAUAUUUUUUUUUACAUAAUUAAAGCUUUAUUUUCACAAAAUGACAUCUUUUUAUGUAACAUUUACAAAUUAAUUCUCAUGAUAUUAUUGUAACUCUAUUUUUAUCUAAUGAGACCUUGUAUAAUUACUUUAAACCAUUUUCUAGUAAUAUGACUUUUUUCUAAACAUAAUUAGAACUUUAUUUUCACAGAAAUGACAUGUUUUUUAUAUAACAAUGGCACUUUAUUGCCAUGAGAUUAUUUUUACUAAAUUUUUGUCAAAGUAGACCUUUGUAGAACUGCUCUAUAACCUUUUUUGUAAUAUAAUGACUUUUUUUUUUUUUUACACAUAAUUAGAACUUUAUUUUCACAGAAAUUACAUAUUUUUAUAUAACAAUGGCGGCUUUAUUGUCAUGAUAUUAUUUUAACUCUCUUAUUUUAACCAUUUUAUGGCAUUUCUAUGGAAUGACAUAAAACUGUUGUCAAAUUAG